AUGUAUUCCAAAACCCUUUUCUUCAAACAAUUCUACAUAACGCUGCUCGCGACCUCAGCCAUUGCGGCGAUACCUCAACAACCCGGUGCCAAAGCCACGAAGCCCAAGCCUUACCCAUAUAAGCAGACGACUCGAAGUGAGGUCAUCCGGCGACAGCAGAGACGGGCUUUAGGUAUGAAACGAGCGGUUCCUUCGAAUAUACCUGGACCAGCGGAUGUAUCUCCCUCCACGGACGACACAGUGACCUACUUCUUCUUCCACGUUGGUACGGGUGCUUAUGAGACUGAUGCAAAUCCAAGCGAUGAUGUCGACAUUUUCCCUCCUCUCGACACGACCAUCCCCGGCUCUCAAGAUGGUGCAGAAGCAGUUCAAACCUGUGCCGACUUCGCCUGGGACCAAGGCUAUUUCGCAUUCCAAGUUUAUUAUAGGCGUUCGACGGACGAAUGGACGUGCACCGCUUAUAUAUAUGCCUACCCCGGCGAUCAGAGCGAUUCGAGUUACUUCAACGUGGUGGACAAUGAUGUAGCACUGGCCUAUGGAUAUCAGCAGAAUGUUGAAUGA